CACACGCCCUUGGUUAUUACCUCUACCAAAUCUCCAAACACACAUAAUUCUCUGUCUAGUGAUAAACUAAGGGAGUCAUGGCUAACCAAGCUUUCUACACCGAAAAACUCGAAGAUGCUGAUCUCGCCAAGAAUUUCGACGAUGAUGGUCGCUCCAAACGAACUGGGACAUUGCUGACUGCGAGUGCACACAUAAUAACAGCUGUAAUUGGUUCUGGAGUUUUAUCCCUUGCAUGGGCUAUAGCCCAGUUGGGCUGGGUCACCGGCACGGCAGUUCUGAUGAUUUUCUCUUUUAUCACCUAUUUCACCUCGACUUUAUUGGCGGACAGUUACCGGUCACCGGACCCCGUUUCCGGCAAGCGGAACUACACUUACAUGGAUGUGGUUCGCUCUCAUUUAGGAGGCUUCAAGGUUCAGCUAUGUGGAUUAGCUCAAUAUGGGAAUCUUAUUGGAGUCACAAUUGGCUAUACAAUUACGGCAUCCAUUAGCAUGGUGGCUGUGAGCAGGUCAGACUGCUUCCACAACAAAGGAACUCAUGACCAUAAACUUUGCUCGGUGUCAAACUAUCCAUACAUGUCCGUUUUUGCAGUAAUCCAGAUAAUUUUAAGUCAAAUACCGAACUUUCAUAAGCUCUCAUGGCUUUCCAUUCUUGCUGCUGUCAUGUCUUUUGCUUACUCAUCCAUUGGCCUUGGCCUUUCCAUAGCCAAAGUUGCAGGAGGUGGUGCACAUCCGAAGACAACAAUGACAGGGACAACAGUCGGAGUGGAUGUAACAGGGUCAGAAAAGAUCUGGAGAACAUUUCAGUCCAUUGGAGAUAUUGCCUUUGCUUAUAAUUAUUCUACGGUCCUCAUUGAGAUUCAGGACACGCUGAGAUCUCCUCCGGCGGAGAACAAGGUCAUGAAAAAGGCUUCCCUGGCUGGAGUUUCCACUACAACUAUGUUCUAUAUGUUAUGUGGCUGCUUUGGUUACGCUGCAUUCGGGAACCAGGCACCAGGAAAUUUCCUCACUGGCUUUGGUUUCUAUGAGCCCUUCUGGCUAAUUGACUUCGCCAAUGUGUGCAUUGCAGUUCAUCUCAUUGGUGCAUAUCAGGUGUUCGCACAACCCAUAUUUGGAUUUGUGGAGACACGAUGCAACAAGCGAUGGCCUGAUAGCAAAUUCAUAACCUCUGAGUACUCCGUUCCCAUCCCAUUCCUUGGUGAGUGGAAUAUUAACUUAUUCAGGAUGGUGUGGCGAACAACGUACGUAGUUAUCACCUCUGUGAUCGCCAUGAUACUACCAUUCUUCAACGACUUCUUGGGGUUAAUCGGUGCUGCAUCUUUCUAUCCAUUAACCGUGUAUUUUCCCAUAGAAAUGUACAUUGCGCGUGCAAAAAUACCCAAGUUCUCCUUCACCUGGGUGUGGCUAAAGAUUUUGAGUUGGGUGUGUCUGGCUGUGUCAAUUGUGGCAGCUGCCGGAUCCAUACAAGGCCUGGUUACAGACCUCAAGACAUACAAGCCCUUCAAAAAUGUCGGGGAUUAAGCGAAGCUGGGUUAAUUAUCUGCAGUGUAGUGGUUUGUAAGUGUAAUGAAUUAGUUGCAAGUAAGGAUGAUUAUGAAGAAAUGUUUGGAAUUCUGUAAUAAUACAUAUCUAGUAGGCUUGUUCUUGAAUGCAAUCUUGUAAUGGAGAUUGUUAAUGUGAAAUUCUAUUUGUCAA